GCAGACUUCCCUGGGAAACACACUAGCUGCUACAAUGAAGCUUUAGACAUGACUUGGCUUUUGUAUUAUGUUUUUUAAGGCAGAAACACAUUAGCCAAUGAAAAUAUUGUCAGAGGCUGGAUCGCCUGGGAGGGCAGUCUCAUCUACUGGUUUAUCAGUUGCACAGCCGCGACAAGAAAAGCAAGCCGGCUACAGGUCAUUGCACUUGCAAGUCCCUCAACAACCUGUUUCUUUUCCCUUCCGUUUGCCUCACUGCUUCCUUGUACACAAGUAUGACUGAGAUUUAAGACGCUCAGGACUCUGGGAGCCAUAUUAUGCAGAUCUGCAGGUUCAUACAGAAUAGAGAGAAGAUGAUUAGGCACUGUCAGAGUGACCUUCUUUGUGGCAAAGCUGUCCAAGACCGACCUGCUAGUUGCAGAUACCCUUCUUCUAUCUUGACCAUCAGCGAUGGCAAAGACAAUCAGGAGCCUUCUGUGCCUAUUAAUGGCUGUGGGGGGCAUGCCAAUGACCUAAAGGAGGAACAGCACCAAUUGAGAAAAAAGAUUAACAGUAGGGAAAGGAAAAGGAUGCAAGAUCUAAACCUGGCAAUGGAUGCUCUUAGAGAAGUAAUCUUGCCCUACUCUGCAACCCAUUGUCAGAGCUCACCUGGGAGGAAGCUGUCCAAGAUUGCCACAUUACUGUUGGCCAGGAAUUACAUACUGCUCCUUGGCAGCUCCCUUCAAGAAUUAAGAAGGCUCAUUGGAGACAUGUGUGGCCCAGGGCCCAGGUUGCUGCUAGCUGGGUUGCCCCUUUUUGCAGCACCUGGAUCCAUACUCUUAGCCCCAGGGACAAACAACAAUCCAGACCCUCAAUGCAGCAACAAGUUCCACUCACUGUCCUUGGAGGAACAGCAGUGCUCUGCAUACAGUCUGCCCGGGAGUGCCAGCGUUUGCACUUGUACCAUCUGCAGGUUCACUCUCUUUAAUUCAGGGAGCCUCAGCAUCAAAGCUAUACAGUUUUCCAAGUAAAUACAGUAUGAGGGUUCUAGACUAGAAAGACUGUGAGAGCAAGAACUAGACACUGGACUCUUUGGGAUGGCACUCUUCAGGCUAUGACUAUUCAUAGAAGGUGAAGAAUUAUGUAUGGACAAAUGGCAUUGUGGUUCUGUUGUAACCAGUAACUCCCAGUAACCAAUCAGAAGCUAAUCUAUUGCCAUUAGAAUAUUGGAACAACCAUCUAAUAGGUUUGUACUAAACAUUCCUGUUGAGUGCAGCAGUUUAGCAACAGCUUGGGGACUGGCUGUGUGACA